AUGGCAUGUUCUCACAAUGAUAUCAACGUGCUGCAGCGUUCUCCAGUCUUCGCAAGGCUUGCAGAAGGCCACUCCCCACCUGUCAACUUUGAGAUCAACGGCCACCAGUACAACAAGAGAUACUAUCUAGCUGAUGGUAUAUAUCCUCAGUGGUCAACUGUUGUGAAGACAAUCUCGAACCCCCAAGGGAAGCUUUGGGAGGUGAUGACUGCUUGUGUGAUCAUGCACGACAUGAUCGUCAAGGACGAGCGUGAUGACAGGAUCUUCGACCAAGGAUUUGAUUAUCAAGGUGAAAAUGUUGAGCCCCUACACCAAGAACCGGCCAUGUUUGAACAGUUUGCCCAAUUCCAUCGUGAGUUGCGUGAUUGGCACACUCAUUUGGAUCUUCAAAAUGACUUGGUUGAGCACGUGUGGAGUCACAUUGGCAACCAAUAG